CAACAACCAACACCAUGUGUGGCUACUAUGGAAACUACUAUGGCGGCCGGGGCUAUGGCUGCUGUGGCUAUGGAGGCCUGGGCUAUGGCUACGGAGGACUUGGCUACGGAUAUGGCUGUGGCUAUGGAUGUGGCUACCGCAGACUGGGCUGUGGCUAUGGCUCUGGUUAUGGCUAUGGCUCUCGCUCUUUCUGUGGUUGUGGUUAUGGAUGUGGCUCUGGCUAUGGAUCUGGAUUUGGCUACUACUAUUGAUGGCACCAUGGAAUA